CACCAUGGCAUAAAACAACGGAGAGGGUGAGGUUGUUCAGUUCUGCUGAAGGUGUGUUCUCCCACUGCAAAGCAGAGCAUCAGUUUAACGUUUGUGACGUGAUCAUGAAACAUGGACUUGAUUUUUAUGGAUAUGUUAAACUAAUAAACUUUGUUAGAUUAAAGAAACCAACAGCAGCAUAUUUGAGUUCACUCAGCAGCCCGCUGCCUUGGGAAGGAGAGGAGUAUUUGAAACCAGAGCUAGAAGAUGAUCCUCUACUUCAGUUCGAUAUAGAAGAUCUUUGUGAACCUGCAAACGUUUUGCCUUCUAAUGGUUUAAAUGAUACCGUGAUGCUCCUUGAACAAUUAAAACAUGCAGAACACAGAGCCAGACUUGCAGAAGCAGCCUUGGCUAGAGCACAAGAUGAUCUUGAAAAAAUGAAACGAUUUGCGCAGGAUUUUGUGAUGAACGCAGAUGUCAGAAGCAGCUCGUCAUCCAGCGCCAUUGCAGACCUUCAGGAGGAUGAGGAUGGUGUUUACUUCAGCUCCUAUGGGCAUUAUGGGAUACACGAAGAGAUGCUAAAGGAUAAAGUGCGUACAGAAAGCUAUCGUGACUUCAUCUAUCAAAACCCACAUAUCUUCAAGGACAAGGUGGUUUUGGAUGUUGGCUGUGGAACUGGAAUACUCUCCAUGUUUGCUGCCAAAGCAGGCGCGAAGAAAGUGAUUGGAGUUGACCAAUCUGAAAUCGUCUAUCAGGCCAUGGACAUCAUUAGAUUAAAUAAACUUGAAAAUAUCAUUACAUUAGUCAAAGGAAGAAUUGAAGAAGUAGAUCUGCCUUUGGAAAAAGUGGAUGUAAUUAUAUCUGAAUGGAUGGGUUAUGUCCUUCUCUUUGAGUCAAUGCUGGAUUCUGUCAUCUACGCAAAGGACAAGUACCUGGCAGAGGGAGGCUCAGUUUACCCUGAUGUUUGCACCAUUAGUCUUGUAGCUGUUGGGGAUAUGAAUAAACAUGUGGACAAGCUACUCUUCUGGGAAGAUGUAUAUGGCUUUGACAUGUCUUGCAUGAAGGCGGCUGUAAUUCCAGAAGCUGUUGUGGAGGUGCUGGAUCCAAACACACUGAUAUCUACAGCCAGUGUCAUUAAGCAUAUCGACUGUAAUACUGCAUGCACUCCAGACUUAGAAUUCUCUUCGGAUUUCACCCUGACCAUUACAACGAGCACAAAGUGUACGGCAGUUGCUGGUUAUUUUGAUAUAUUUUUUGAGAAGAACUGUCACAACAAGGUCUUGUUUUCAACUGGUCCCCAGUGUACCAAAACACACUGGAAACAGACAGUUUUUCUCCUGGAGAAACCAAUUCCUGUAGAAGCAGGAGAGGCCCUGAGAGGAAAGGUAACAGUCCGCAAAAACAGAAAGGAUCCACGGUCCCUCUUUAUAACCCUUUCAGUGAAGGACACCCAGCAGACCUACAGCCUUCAGUGAAAAUUCUGUGCAUAUAACUUUGGGAAAUGUUAAAUUUAAAUUUUAGAUUUAACUGUUGAUAAUUGUUUCUAACUAUCCAAAAAUGGUAAACUCUUGGAUUUGUGUAUGUAUACGCACACACAAGAAUAUGAAAAGUUUACCUAGAACUGAGAGAGUACUGUUUGGAUGCUUUUGCGCUGGGAUAUGGAGACUGAUGACAAAAUCAGAUUCGGCUGUGUUUCACGUGAUGUGGGGAAGGCAAGAAAGAUGGGUUUGGGUUACGUGAGACUGCUAGAUGAGAAAAAUCAGAUUAAAGUCUUGCUGUGAGGAAUAAUAAAUAUGAUCUCUCAAUAUUGUUUUGUUCUCCAACUGGCAAAAUCCUUGUGCAAUUUUUUUUAGGAAAGAAGCAGCUAAAUCAUGUGCCAGUGCACCUCAACAGUAGCUGGAAAAUCCCAGUGGGAAUAAGUUUGGAAUUCCAACUGCAGGAUUGCAGCAACAAAGGCUUUAUUUUUAUUACGCUUCUAUAAUUAAAAAGUUGUAUCACAUUGCAGUUACAUUUAUCUAAAUAAAUGAACCGAGUAGGUUAUAUAACGC